AUGGAAGCCAACCCUUCUAGGGAAAGGGCUUUUGGAGUAACCAAUAUCAAAACCCAUAUUCUUUUGAUCCUUCAGUUUGAUGAUCAUAAUUAUGAUGCAUGGCGUGAGUUAUUCCUAACACACUGCCUCGCCUUUGUUGUUCUCCGACACCUCGACGGCACAAGCCUUCCAGAGGACGUCAACGACACUCCUUGGUUCAAACGAGAUGGCCUCGUCAAGCUUUGGCUAUACAGCACGCUCACGCAACCUCUGUUCCAUUCCACGUUCAAGACUGGCGGCAAUGCAAGGGACAUAUGUGUGCGCAUCGAAAAUCAGUUUCGAAUCAAUAAGAAAGCUCGCGCGAUCCAAUUGGAUCACGACCUCCGAACCACCGAGAUUGGCGACAGAUCCGUUCACGACUACUGCCAAACUCUCAAGUCCAUCUCAGAUCUAUUGUCAAACCUUGAUGCUCCUGUUCCAGAUAGAACUCUCGUGAUGUACCUACUAAAUGGUUUAAACGAGAAGUUUGAUAACAUCACCAACGUUAUCAAACACAAGGAACCGUUUCCCACAUUUGAUGAUGAAAAAUCCAUGCUGCUGAAUGAAGAGACGAGGCUCAAACGAUGUCAAAAGGCGCCAGCUACAACAGACAACGCUUCUUCUUCAACUGUCCUCACUGUCUCCACCGAGAAACCGCAGCAGCAGAGGUUUAACCGAGGUAACCGGAAGCAGAACCGAUGA